AUGUCGCUUGUUGCAACGAGAGAACGGCGAGCCAACGCUGGUUCCCGAAUGAGGGAUUUAAUCGAACAGGAAAUGGAGUUGGAAGAAAUGUUUCAAGAGGUUGAAGAUGAUGAAGAUUUUAUGGAUGCCAAAGAGGAGGAAGAUGUGGUUGAUUCUGAUUUCGAUCAAAGUAGUAGUGGACCGGAUGAAAACGAAGAUAUUGCCGAAAAACAGAUAUUGCUUGAAGAAAAACAAGAAAAAAAGAAGUUGAAAAAAUCUAAAUUACCUCCUGCAGGUCCCUCCUUACGUUUAAGAAAAAAAGAAGCAAGUAAGUCAGUGGUAACAUCAAAAGAACAACCAAGUCGGAGCAAUCAGUCAGAAUCGACGAGUAACGCCCCCGAUAAAAAAAAAAAACCUAUCGCACAAGCACCACUUUUGCAUGGGAUUCGAUCGUCGUCACGUACGCAUACUGUACAGAGUAAACAAAUGCUUGCAGAGAAGUUGAAAGAAUAUGAGAAGAAAAGGGCAGCGCAUCCGAAACGAGAAAAAGUAAUUGCACAACCCAAAACUCAGGAAGAGUUACUUGCACAAGCUAAAGAAACAGAAGCGAAAAAUUUGGCAUCUCUACGUGCUUUUGAGCUAAAGGAAGCAGAAAAGAAAAUGACAGCAAAGCAAUAUAAAAAAAAUGUGAUAACCGGACCUUUCAUACGGGAGAUAUCUUUCGUUGAUUAUAGUGACAAAAGAGAAGUAAAACGAUUAAAAUUAAUAACGGAAGUACCAAAAAAGGGUAAAGGGAAAGGUGUUUCAAAAGAAGUGCAACAAGAGAAAGAUGUACUGGAUAGCACGUGUGAACUUGGUGAUGUGACAGAGGGAAAAGCAGAGGAUAAAAAAGUGGAAUCAAAUGAAGAUAAAAAUGAAGAUAUGGUAGAAGAGAAAAGUGAAGAUAUGGUAGAAGAUAAGAAUGAAGAGACGGUCGAGGGUAAAAAAGAGGACAAACGAGAAGCAAGAAAUUUACUUGUAUUUUCACAAUUUCCAAAGACAGAAGAAGUUAAAUUAUUCCAAGAAUGGAGGAAGAAGCCUCAAAGAGCGAAAAAAGUAAUAUGUCCAUUCACUGGUCUUAUAGCAAAGUACAAGGAUCCAAAAACCGGAAUACCAUAUGCUAACAUGGAAGCAUACUCCAAAAUACAGAAUUUAGUACAGCAUAAAUACUUAUGGUCAGACUCAUACUCAGCAUAUAUAUAUAAUACUGAUCAAAAACCAGCAAAAGGAGUGCCCCCGGGAUUUCAACGAUAUGUUAAUGAAUAA